AAUGUUCGCCUUCCCUGGAAAAUCUACUGUCAAAUUGUGCCUCAAGUGUGUUUUCAUUUGCACGGGAUUUGUUUGGAAACAUCAUCGCUAACCAGGCGAAUAAACUAUCGGCAGAAUGCCCGGUGUUUUUGAGAGCACGGAGAAGCCGAAGAGCGAGUGCGAUAGGGAUGACAAUGCCGCGAUAUCGGAGAACUCCAGCACAAACACGGUGAAUGGCGAGGAGGUGGAGACUCGCGAGCGGACGCAGACCGACGUGCUAAACAAUCAUCUGCUCAAGUCCCUGCUCCAGCGAAUGAACUGUGGCGAGAUGGAUGAGCACUUGGAUGGCCAGGAGAGGCGCGAUCAGGAGGAGGAAUUCGUGUGAAAUGAUACAUGUACAGAGAGAGAGAGAGAGUGCGAUUUGGGAAUAAACCAGCAAUCACAUGCUUGGCUUUGGUGGCUCA